UCAGUGGCGCGCGGCAUAACCGUCCAAUGUUUUGAUUAGCUGCGUUGUACAUUUCAGGACUAACUAUGUACAAUGGUGACAUUAAUAGACGCUAAGUUAUAGGAACGAGAGCGUCAUUUUAUGCGUCUAGAAAGGGAGUUUAUUUCCUCUCUGUAUCUACGGUAAGAGACAAAUCACGUGUCUGUUUUCGCCAAAACAUACAUCGAACGUCCGUGUUUGCGAUGAAUGAGAAAUGAAUCCCCUUUCAUGACUCAGACUGACAGAGACAGACAGGCUAUGUGAGAUUCCUGUCGUUUGGGAAACGCUGACUCCCUCCGGUGUCUGACUUCAUCAUGUCCCAGACUAGCACUUCUCUCUUGGACGAAGUGGCGAAGUGGAGUCAGGAAACAUGCCGCCAGGAGCUAAAGUCUGUCCUCCCGAAGCUCACUUCUUUGCAUCACGAGUCAGACAGUUUGGAUGAUCACAUCCGUAUACUAAAGAUAAUUACAGAUAUGUUCCUCCCACAUAUUGGUUUAUCAGACCUGGAAGAUGAAUGCUUCUCUAAGAUCCUGCCAAAGGCUGUGGAGAUGUUUAAAGGCAUGAUAAAAGAGCUUGUAGAUCAAGUCGGAGGCCUUUCCAGUCAAAAUACAGAGAUAUGUGCAUUUCUGAGGAACAUUCUACAGGCAAUGAUGCAGAUCAUUGAUGCGUUGUCGACCUGCGUGCGCCAUGUCGGCUCAUUUGAAGAAGCUCCUGGGCUUUAUGGCAUCCGCUCUCUACCAGCUUGUAUCCUCCAAGUCCUGAGGGAAACGUUUCAGCAUUGUAAGGACAGUGAGGUGGUUUACAGUGGCCGUCUGUCCCUGGUGGCGGACCUGCUGCAGGGACUCUUCAAAGAGGCGUAUUCACUGCAAAAGAGCCUACUGGAGCUUCUGGACAGGAUCUCACUGGACAAAAGCUCUUCAGAGGAGGAGGUCUUGAACAUUGUUUCAGUGAUUCACAGUCUUCUGGAUAUCUGCUCUGUUAUCUCCAACCUGGACAUAGCACUGAAUGCAAACACAUGGAAGUUCCUCGUCAAGCAGAGCCUGAAGUACCAGUCGUUGGUUGAGGAACAUCUCCAUCAUGGUGACAUUAGCAGCAAGUUGUGUGACAACCUGCUGGCAUCUUUCCACCACUGUUUGGAUCUGGCCGAGCAGAUCAAGUCGACCGAUUUACAGGAGUCUAAUGAAAGGCCAGAAUACAAACUGUUUCAGAAGACUGCAAAGAUGUGCCGAUUUUUUGCCAACACUUUGGUUCAUUACAUAAAGGAAUUUAAAUUCUUUCUGACGAAGUGCUGCAGCAAUUUUCACAUGCUCUACCUCCAGAUAAUCAAUAAGUUCCCUCCCAGCUUGGAUGCCUCAUCCCUUCCCGUAGCUCUCGCUGGUGAGCUGAAUGCUGCAGCCCUGGUUCCGAUGGACGCCUUCCUGCUCCAGCUGUUGCCUUUACGAUCCUUUGCUGAGGUUGUCCUCCAGCAGGACAUGCGAUUGAGUCCUGAACAUGAGCUCCCCCACUGUCUCCUAUUGGUGAGCAUCAUGGGUCAUCUGGCCUGCCAGCCUGAAGAAGUCAUGCAGCUUUGGUAUACCGGUAGUGAGUUCAAAGAGGAGACACCCAGACUUCCCCUCUACCAAGCUAUCUUUAUGAGCUUCCGGCAAUGCUACACUGAGCGAAAGGCACCCGUGCUUUUGCCGGGGCUGAUGCUGAAGGGUCAGGCUCAGGUUAAGGUCAGCUUACAUCGCCACAUCUGUGAGCAGCUCUGCGCAAGCGUGGCUGUGCUCCCCCACGAGUACUUUUCUGUCCUGGAACGAUGCUUGGUUGAUAACAUUCUGCAGCCGGACACUCAAACAGUACUGCUGGCAACAGAUGUGUGGUCCUUCACAGCACGAUAUGGAACAGCAGAGCUUUGCCUACAACAUGUCCUCCUCAUUGCUCAGCUGGUGAAAUUAUGCCCCUCCGAGUGUUACCAGUUGUUUCAUUUGGGUUUACUGCUGAAACGCAUGGUUUUCCUUAUGACUCCAACCCACCAGACGGAGCUGGUGGCGCAUUUCCCACCGUCUGAGGUGGAGAACCACACAGUGUGGCGUCACAUCCUCCUCAGAGCACUCUCACAGGACACCCGCCACCGCGUAGAGGCGGAAAUUAUUCACCUCGCUCAAAAGGUCGUGGCUGACUGGCAGAACGGGCACAAGCUGGGACAAGUUGAGAAAGUGAAUGCCGUGCUGUCAUCUCUGCUGACGGUGGUUCAGGGACGAGAACUAUCGCCUUCGGAAGAACGGGGAACGCCGGCGGCGGUCAGAAUAGUCUCGCAGCUCUGGCUGAGAAUGAGUCCUGAUCAGUUGCAGACCCACGCCGUGCUCCAGUGUACUUUGCAGCUGCUCUUGUCAACAACAGCCAUGUUAGCGAGCAACAUCGAGCCACAAGUGAUUUGUCAGGCUCUGCAGUGCCUGGAUGCUAUGGUUUCUCAGAAGUGUGGGGAUCAGCUACUGCUCGCUGCUCUAGAGUUCCUCUCCUCUCUAGGGAAGAUCUUUUUCCCUACUGACAGCCAGAGCCAGAUUCUUCCAAGGCUGAGUGGCCUGUUUGCUGUCCUUUUAGCUGACAAAUCCUGGCUGCUACAUCAGCACGCCCUAGAGGCCUUUUCCUGUUUUGCAGAGAGCACAAACCACGAAGAAGUCAUUUCCCAGAGUUUAUGUGAGGAGAGAACGAAAACCAAAGUGGUCAAUUAUCUCAGCAAGAUUCCGAGCUCGCAAGGAGAUGCAGAGUCGUGUUUACAGAGGCUAAAACAAGAGAAAAUAGUCAUCGAGCAACACAGGAAUAAGCUGGAAAAAACAGAUACGGUUUCCAACGAAGUGGCUGCUGAAGACAAAGCUGUCACAGACUCAGAGCCAUGCCCGAAGAGAGCUCGGCAGGAGAACAGCUCAGAGGAGAUGUACAGCCGCUACAUCCAGACAGCCGAGAGUGCUCUGAAGGCCCUCCAGGCUCACGUGGAGGAUAAAGCCGACGGCGCCGAGCCCCCUCCGCCAUGGCUGGAAUCCAGGUUACAGGAGCUGCAGACCCUCAUAGGAUGCAUCAUUUCAGGCAGACACACCACAUAGCAGCUCCGGCCUAAGUUCUAGCCAAACAUUGUAUAGUCCCAGUACUGAAAACUUGUACUUAAAUCAGUUUAUACAUUAUUAUUAAACAGUUUUUUAUGCUGACAAUUAUCUCUAUUAUCUCUGACUAAGUGCUUAUUCAACAUAUCUGCAUACCAAUGGUUUUCUUUUCU